AUGGUGCCUCCCACUUCAGGCCACACGAAGACGUUGGUCCACGCAAUACUCCUCCUAUGCAUCCUGGUUGAGUUCGUGGCCGGCAACGUCGAAAAAAUCAUCUUCACCGGCCCUCCCUCCUCCCCCACAGCCAGCAGCAACCCUGCACUGUCGUCGCUCAACAUCAACACCCUGACGCACGAUGAACUGUCCGUCCGAACAAAUUUAGAUCGCAUCUUUGCGUCCGAGGAGACGGGCUUUCGGGGUCAGCCGUCCUGGAUCCUCGUCACGAACCUGACCGAGAACCGGAGAUACGAGUUUAGAGUCUGCUGGUCAGCUUUGGAACCAAAUCGCUUCGACAUGGAGGCCUACACCCUAGAAACAGUUGUGAGGGAUCCCAGACUCCUCCGGUCUCUGAAUGCCUACGCGGCAUCGAGGCCAAGUGUCCAGACCACAAAGCAUUCUACCAUAGGCUCAGAGAGUCGCUCGCUACUAGUCGAGAUUCACUCCGCCGCCGAUUACUUCACCGACAACGCGGAGCUUAUGACCAGGCCUCCCCCAAUCCUGGUCGAUUUCAUCUUGGAUCCGUUCCUCUUCAACGUUCUUCCCCAGUCGCUACUGCCCACAGUAGGCUACCUCAGCCUCCUCGGCAUCGUUACCUGGUUUGUAGGGCGGUGGGUAGCAUCUAGCCUUCGACGUGUAGCUGAUUCUGUGGAAAUCUCACCCGAGAAACAAGAUUGA